CGUCGGGUUCUCGAGUUAGCGACAAACCGAGCAUGAGAAAGUAUCCUACGCAUAUACAUGUAUAUACACCCACACACACACACACACAUAUACACGUGUAUAUACAUAAAUACAUACAUAUAUAUAUAUAUAUAUAUAUACACACACAUCGAGAACUUUAGUAAAACGUGUCUGAAAGAACGGACAUAGUUGGUGAACAUUUAUCUAUAGAUUAGUGAUAGCUCGUUAAACGAUAUUUAAAUGAUUAAAAUUGUGAAAUAACUGUAGGAAUAAAUUGGCGGGAAAAAUAUGAAAAUCUUUUCAAUAUAAACAGAUCGUAAAUGAUAUUUCUUCUCGCGAUAACGAAAAACAUAAAACAGAGAGAAAAAGAGCAAAGAGAAAGAGAGUAGGUAUUCGUUCGAAAAAGUUACGACGUUUAUAUUUAAAUACGAACGAGAGAGAGAGAGAGAGAGAGAGAGAGAGAGAGAGAGAGAGAGAGAGAGGGAGAGAGAGAGAGAGAAAGGGAGAGAAGAAAAGAAAAAAGAAAUAUAAAUGUGCAGGACGUUCAACGACGCGUGAACGAUAAGAAAGGAGAGGACGGGUGGAGUCGAUCGACGAUAACGACAUCGACGUCGACGACGUCGUCGUCGUUCUUCUUCUUCUUCUUCUUCUUCUUCUUCUUCUUCUUCUUCCUUUUCCUCUUCUUCUUCUUCUUCUUCUUCUUCUCCUUCCCCUCAUCGUCGUCGUCAUCGUCGUCGUCGUCAUCGUCAUCGUCGUCGUCGUCUACAUUAAGCGUUCGAAGUGAGGUGUCCUGUUAGCUAGCAAAAUAGAAAACAUAAAAUUACGGUCUGAACAGGCGUUAUAAACUUGUAGAAGAAAAGUUAAGAAAGAGAGUUUGUCGAUCGAAUAAAAAGAAUAUAAAGAAUAAGAAUAAUAAGAAGAAGAAUUCUUCGUUGUUCUUUCGUCUAUGAAUAAGAAUAAGAAGAAUAAGAAGAAGAAGAAGAAGAAGAAGAAGAAGAAGAGGAAGAAGAAGAGGAAGAAGAGGAAGAAGAAUAAGAAGAAGAAAAAGAUAGUGGAAGGGGGUUGAGGAUAAAGUAAACGGGCUUCUAGAUAACGGCAUAGUUCAACAACGGUAUUCGAUCUCGAGGCGCGAACCAAAGAAGAGAAGCUCUGAUUGGUCUACGGCUUGACGCCGCUUUCCGGUCCGAUUUCCGGUCUCGACAUUCAGCCGCGAGCUUCUAACGCGCGCGGUUACGCACUCGUGUUCCGAUUCCGUUUAAUAUAAUUUAAGUUUAUAUACGAAAGAGGAUAAAAGAAAAAAAAAAAAAAAAGGAAAGAAAAGGACGACAGAGAAAAAGAAACAAAAAAAAUACACGCGCGCACACACGCACACACAUACAUACACAUACAUGAACAACAACAACAACAACAGCAACAACAACAAUUAUUAUUGUCUCUAUUAAUUCAAUCAAUUAAUUGAAUUAAUUGAUUGAAUUGAUCGAAUUGAAAUUAAUUGGAUACGUUCGAUCGUGUGUAUGUAAUCGUUAUUGAAACUAAAUUAAAAGAAGAAGAAGAAGAAGAAGAGAAGGAGGAGGAGGAGGAGGUGGAGGAGGAGGAGGAGAAGGAGGAAGAAAAAGAAGAUUGAAAUAGGAGAGUCGGAAAACGUGAUCGUCGUUAAAAACAUGAUCGUUUGAAUUUAAUCGUCGUUUCUAAUUUCACACGACGAAGUUACACAAGUCUUCGAAAGUAUUCAAGAAUUUAUCUCAGACAAAAAUUAUUCUAAUCGUUCAUCAACUAUCGUAUUAUAACUCCAUCUAUUUCUCUCCUCUUUCUUCCUCUCUCUCUCUCUCUCUUUCAAUACAUAUAUAUAUAUAUAUAUAUAUAUAUAUAUAUCUCUCUUUUUUCUCUUCUCUCUAAUAGAGAGAAUAUAUUUAUUAUCGAGAAUGCGUACCUUAUGGUCGAGUUUGGAAAGAUCUCGUCCAUCUUUGUUUAAUACGGUUUCAAUAUCGAGAAAAAAAAUUGUCGUUAAUUGUAACGUUCAUGAGAAAUACGAGGAAAAUAAGAAAGAAAUGAAAAUAUCCUCUCCCGGGGAGUCUUACGAAAGAAAAUACGUAACUUCGGCUACUACUACGACUAAUAUUACGUUACGGGAACCACCAAAACCAAAAGGAUUUCCGGUAUUUGGUACCAUCUUUGAAUUUUUAACUACCGGUGGCGCUAAGACGCUUCAUGAAUACGUUGAUCGUAGACACAAAGAAUUAGGACCAAUUUAUAGAGAACGUAUUGGUCCUAUAAUGGCGAUUUUUGUUAAUUCACCACAGGAAUAUCGAAGGAUUUUCCGACUCGAAGGACCAAUGCCUAAACAUUUUCUUCCUGAACCAUGGGUUCUCUAUAACGAGCUACGAUCUUUACAACGAGGAUUGCUUUUUAUGAACGGAGAAGAGUGGUUACAAUUUCGGCGAAUAUUAAAUAAGGUGAUGCUGUUGUCAGAUCCAACCGACAUGUUUGUUGGUCCAUGUCAAAAAGCUGCUGAGGGAUUAGUAGAAAAAUGGACAAGUCAAAUCAGUAACGAUAAUAUUUUAUCACAAUUGGAAACACAACUUUAUCAAUGGUCGAUCGAAGCGAUGUUGGCGACUCUAAUGGGAUCUACGUGGCACCGUCAUAAAGCAAAUAUAUCACGGGAUUCAGAGAAUUUGGCGAGAACAUUGCAUAAGAUAUUCGAAUAUACAGCUGAAUUAUCAAUGUUACCGGCAAAAUUAGCGAAAACCUUGAGAUUACCUUCUUGGAACAGGUUCGUUGAAUCUGCUGAUUCGGCGUUAAGUAUCGUUCGAACAUUGGUACCGGAAAUGGUUCGCCUUGGAGGUGAUGGUCUGCUGCAGACGAUGAUGGACGAAGGAAUUCGGGACGAUGAUCUCGUUAGGAUAGUAACCGACUUUAUUAUAGCUGCUGGAGAUACGACGGCUUUCUCCACUCAGUGGAUGUUAUUUUUACUUGGUAGUGAUUCAGAAUUGCAAGAGAAAUUGUAUGAAUCAAUUAAAAAUCUUUCGUCGAAGGAAAUAUUACGUGAUUCAUUGAUAAAAGGAGUCAUUAAAGAAACACUUAGGCUCUAUCCAAUAGCUCCAUUUAUCACGAGAUAUUUACCAGAGGAUAACGUGAUAGGUGGUUAUUUCGUCCCUAAAGGGGAAUUACUUUUACUGUCAUUAUAUUCGAGUAGUAGAGAUGCUACGAAUUUUCCACGACCAAAUGAAUUUUAUCCAGAACGAUGGAUCCGAACGGAAAAUGGUAAUUAUCAGGAUGUAGUUCAUCCUUAUGCUAAUAUACCAUUUGCUUUAGGAGCAAGAAGUUGUGUCGGUCGAAAACUCGCAGAAAUUCAAAUAUCUCUUGUUUUGGCUGAGCUUGUUCGUACUUUUAAAAUAAAAUGCAUGAAUAAAGAUGAAGUGAAAUUGAUAUUGCACUUGAUCUCUGUACCGUCUAAACCGAUAAAGCUUAAAUUAAUACAGAGAAAUUUUACGGAAAGAUAGCAGAUAAGCCAAAAAUGAUAUCAACGAAUUAAAUAUGAAGAUUUAUACAUUUUUGGUAACUUUUUACAUUUUAGUAUAUUUAAUUACAUUAUUUUAUUAACUAGAUGGUUAAAAGAGACAAGACGAUUUUUUUACAACCUCAUAUUAUUUGUAUAUACAAUUUAGAAAUUAAAUUAUUAUUUAAGUAAUAAGAAUGCUGCAAGUUAUAAAAAAUGUGUGCGAUUUAGUAAAUUUAGUAAAUAUAUUAUAAUGUUAAAUUCUUAAAUAUACCAUGAAAUGUAAGAAAAUUGAAUUUAUUUUAUGAUUUCUUUCUUACUCUCACAAUUUUUCAUUAACUUACAGCCUUCCUUCUCUUAUUGUAAGAAUUUAAAUUGAUAACUAAUUUUCUCCUUCUCCAUUCUGUUGUGUACACAAUUGUAUCAUACAUGAUGAGGCAUUUAACAUUAUGACCUCAGUUAUCUUUUUUCUGCACACGAUUAUUAAAUAAUGUGCAUGAUUCAGAAAAAUUUCCUUCAAGCAUUGCACAAAAAGCAUCUGAUUUUUGACAUAAUGUUUGUCUACAUGCAUCGACCGUUGUACCAUCAUCUAAUUCAAACGUGACCACUGAUGGCUUUGGAAGACUUUCAUAAAGUUUCGGAUAAUCAGUUGUAACAGUGUCUGGUAUUAGGCCCUUAUCAAUAACUUCAGGGCGAAUUUGCAAUGUAUUUGCCAACUGGCAAAUUGACCAGACAGCAUUCUCAAUCAGUGCAUGUUCUCUAUCGUUUAAUAUAUUUAAUAUUAAUUGUAAACCGCCAUGAUUAUUUAAUAACGAUUUUAAAAUAAAUUUAGACUUGAUUAUAAAAGGUA